AUGGCGAAAACGAAGUGCUUGGAACACGAACUUGACCAGCUUAGUAUUUCUGAAAUCGACGAGUGCUAUGAGCAUGUUAUAAUUGACACUGAGGUCUUUGACAACGAACACUUUGAUAAUCUGAGAAUGCAGUUAGUGAACGAGGAGGAUAAAUGGUCAUUCGGCAACUCGCUAAUAUUUACAUUCAGUGUCAUUACCACUAUUGGGUACGGUCAUAUCGCUCCUGAGACAUUCUACGGUCGAAUAUUUUGCAUCAUUUUUGGUUUGAUUGGUGUUCCUCUGACACUGCUUACAAUAGCUAAUCUGGGCAUGUUCAUAUCUGUUGCGCUAAGAAAAGUCGCCGCUGUCAUCGACGACAUGCUGUUGCUUUGUGGAAAGUGCUCAUGGAGCAAAACUCAAAAAGAGGGAACGCUUUCCAGUGGAAAAGACAUGGGACAGGAAAACGAACCAAAGGAAAUGGGUGCUUCCCGUACAAGAACCGCUGUGUUGUUCCUCAAAGUGGAACUGAAAAAGAAUGAAGCAUUUGCGAAAGUUACAGAAGGAUUAUGUUGUUCUUUAAGGAAAACAGGAGAGGCUGUAGUAUUGGGCCUAACGUUUGCGUGCUAUCUAGUGCUCGGUGCCCAAGUUUUGGCAGCUUACGAACCAGAGAUGGAUUUUUUCAAUGCCCUCUACUUCAACUUCGUAACACUGACCACUAUAGGGCUCGGUGAUUUCGUCCCAAGAAGUUUCAAAUACCUUUUUUUAACUCUUUGUUACAUCGGAAUUGGUCUCGCUCUCACGACAAUGACAAUCGAGUUAGCGGCUGAUAUUCUGCGAAAACUCCACUAUGUCGGACGAAAAAUGGAUAACGUAGCAUCCGCUGUGGUGUGGUUUGGCGGGAAGAAAAUGACAAUGAAAAGGCUGAUAAAGAAUCUUGGAGACCAGUUCAAUAUUCCGGAAGAAGAGAUGGCAAGCUUUAAUCUCAACAACUUUAUCGAAUCGGCAAUGAAAGUUGAAGCUGGCGAAUUGAAGACCUUGCGGAAACCAGUGGUCAAAAUUCGUGAGUGCGAUGCUCUGAGUUUUAGUAAACUCAGAGACUCGAGUGGAAGUGACAUUUACUAUGUAGACGAUCGGCUGAGCAAACGAACUGGUUAG